CAAGGAAAAAAUGGCGGACGUUGAUCGAUGGAUUGACAUUGCAAGAAAGUGCGAAUAUCUCCCCGAAAAUGAUCUUAAGAAACUUUGCGAUCUCGUUUGUGAGAUGCUGCUUGAGGAGAGUAACGUUCAACCAGUUUCAUCGCCUGUAACGGUCUGCGGGGACAUUCAUGGACAGUUCUAUGAUUUGGAGGAGUUGUUUAGAACAGGAGGACAAGUUCCUGAUACGUCAUAUAUAUUCAUGGGUGACUUUGUAGACAGAGGCUAUUAUAGUUUAGAGACAUUUACACGAUUGCUGACACUAAAAGCCAAGUGGCCUGAUCGUAUUACACUUCUCAGAGGGAAUCAUGAAAGUAGGCAGAUAACCCAAGUUUAUGGUUUUUAUGAUGAAUGUCAAUCAAAAUAUGGUAAUGCUAAUGCCUGGAGAUAUUGCUGUAAAGUCUUUGAUUUGUUAACCAUAGCUGCCAUUAUUGAUGGACAAGUUCUUUGUGUACAUGGUGGACUUUCUCCUGAUAUAAAAACUAUUGACCAGAUAAGAACAUUGGAUCGUAACAUGGAAAUCCCUCACAAAGGAGCAUUUUGUGAUCUUGUAUGGUCAGACCCUGAAGAAGUUGAUACAUGGGCAAUAAGCCCACGAGGUGCUGGAUGGCUGUUUGGCCCCAAAGUCACUAGUGAGUUUGUACACAUAAACAACCUCAAGCUCAUCUGCCGUGCACAUCAGUUGGUUCACGAGGGCUACAAGUACAUGUUUGACGAGAAGCUAGUUACAGUCUGGUCAGCACCUAAUUAUUGCUAUAGAUGCGGCAACAUUGCUUCUAUAUUGUCAUUUACUGAUGCCGAUACAAGAGAACCCAAGCUCUUCCAGGCUGUACCAGACUAUAAUAGAGUAAUCCCUCCAAGGACCACAACACCUUAUUUUCUUUAGAUAAAUUGUAGAAAAUACUGGUAGUUACAUGUAUUUUGAAUUGACUCAUUUAUGACAAUAAAACAUUGAACCAAUGUGUAAAUAUACACCUUUUCAGUUGCUCUUAGGCCUCGAUAGCAAGUAAAUUAUUCUUUUGAAUUUGACAAAUGAGACUAUUCAUAUCAAUGUGUGCAUUGCUCACAUUCCUACAAAUUCAAAAGAAUAUUUAACAAGCUGUUGAGGCCUAUGAGCAACUGAAAAGGUGUAUUAACAAUGAUCACACAGAUCUUUUCAAUCUUGGUUGUAGUACAUUGAUGCCUUGGUUCAUUGUUUUGUUUGAGGUCACCGAGUCUGUACAUGGCAGAUGAUUAGCCCCAAAUGAAAUUAUUACAUUAUACAUGCCGUAGGCACGUUGAUACCAUUACUCUACCUAGCCCUACAGCCAUUUUUUCUAUUAGUAUUAGUAAUUUAGUGUACUUAAUAUAAGUGAGAUACGCUAAGCGUUCCUGUCAUCCACACUAAUGAUCAUAAUUUGAAACUUUCAGCAGUUUCACCUUUGUUUUCUGUAAAAAAUAAAUCCAUCAAAGAAAUCUUUGAAGAUGAAGGAAAAACAUAAGUGCGGCCAAACACCAGUGCUUUAAUUUGUCACUACAGCCACUAUGCUAUAAUGACCAAACUGACCUGGCUAAUUAACUACUCGUACUUUUAGCCUGGUUAAAACGGCCAUCCCAUCAAAUACAGCCAUAUUUUUAAGUCCUCUAAGUGGCAGGAAAACUAAGUUUCCACUGUAAAGUAUACGCCAGAACUUUUUUUUUUACUUAGCAGAGCUUUAAAGCAAAUGUAAAUAAUGCCAAUGUAGACUGUAUGAUAUUAGACCAGCUUAUUACACAAUUAAAUUGCUUAUUACAUAA